UAAGCCCCGCGGGAUAGGCGGGCGCGUUAGCCCUCGGGCGCUCGUAGGCGGCUGUGUGAGUGCGCGCCCUCUCCGGCCGCUGCGGGAACAUGGCGACGCUGAAGGCCGUGUGCGUGAUGAAGGGGGACGGCCCCGUGGAGGGGGUCAUUCACUUCCAGCAGCAGGGUAAUGGGCCAGUAAAGGUUACUGGAAAAAUUACUGGCUUGUCUGAUGGAGAUCAUGGCUUUCAUGUCCAUGAAUUUGGAGACAACACAAAUGGAUGUACCAGUGCAGGUGCUCACUUCAAUCCUGAAGGCAAGCAGCACGGUGGACCAAAAGAUGCAGACAGGCAUGUGGGUGACCUCGGCAAUGUGACUGCUAAGGGAGGAGUGGCAGAAGUAGAAAUAGAAGAUCCAGUCAUUUCCCUUACUGGUCCACACUGCAUCAUUGGCCGUACCAUGGUGUCCAACAGGUACAACGCUCGGCGGCUAAAAACUUAAGACCUACCUCUUGCAGGCUUACAGGAGGUACACAUCAUUAACACAGACAGCGGUAGCAGCCCGGGUUUGUGAGAACAAACAGGCAGCACGUUAAAAUCCUCCAGCGGUCUCUCACUUCCCCACCAACUCCCAGCCCCGCUUCAAUAAAAACAGGCUUUGCGUUGCACAUCGCUUUUUGGUGUCUUUGAUUUCUCUUUCACCCCGCUUUCCAAACGGCCGUCAGUGAGUAACGCGUAUGGAAGGUGCUGAAGCGGUGCCCUUCCCGCCCACUGCACAACUUCACAACCUCACGAAGUCGCCCAGGGAUGGCCGAAGGCGUCCCCUUAAGUCUGGUGAGGCGGCGUUUAGCACAGAACCACUUUUGGAGGGAGGGGGGAAAGGAAAAAAAAGAAACAAAACCGGCCUCUGUCGCAAUGCAAAUACCGAAUGGAACACUGCAAAUACCCCCGCAAUUCACAUUUCCAAACUAACCUUUACCCUCCC